AGGUGGCGCUACACUGCGAAUGAAAAACUUUGAUCUGUUGUAGGCUAAACAGAGAUCCAAUGUUGCCUCUGUUGCCGAAUGGUUUCAUCCAGGUUUUAUAAGCAUCGUCUCUCGGCUCUGUGUCUCACUGUUUGUUUGUUGGAGGAUUAACUGGAUGCACAGUGGACUAUGCUUAUUUGUUUGACUAAGAAAGGAAGUCGAGAUUAACGCGUGUGAGUUUGCUUUAGUUACUGGUGAAUGUCUACACCAAAUAUUAUAUAUCUUUUUUCAAAAUUUCUUUAAACAUAACCAUUAAGCCAAAGAGUCGUUUUCAAUGAAUUACUCCGCAUUCAACGACGCUGAUGGUGGGCUGCUCUCCAAUGGGAGUAGCGAUGGCUUUCUUAAGUGCUGCAACCUGUCAUCUGCGGUCAUGAAUAACGGCUUUGUCGCCACCGCGCUGGACGAGCGGAACUACCUCGCGAUGCGCAUGGUUCAGAUCGCGGUCAUGUGCGUACUAGCACUCACCGUGGUCUUUGGGAUCUUUUUCCUCGGCUGUAACCUGCUCAUCAAGUCGGAAGGAAUUAUAAACUUUUUGUUGACAGAUAGGUCGACUGGCAUGGGGGAAAUGUCACCUGUGUGACACCUGCAUAUUCAAAGGAUUUGUUUUUGUCCCAACAUGAAGAAGUGCUGUAGCAAAUAUAUUUUGCAUUAUUACUGUAUCUUCAGUAUUAUACUUAAUACGUCAUGCAGGUAUCACAUAUUCAUUUAUAACAAGUGUAGUACAUGGAUAAAGAGUUUUUAUUCAAUCAAAUCGAACCUAUGUAUGUACUUAAUAUUUUCCCUAUAGGCCUACAAGCGGAAGGUCACGAACUUCCCGUAUAGGUUACAGUAAGUUACAAAAUCUAUUUAAAAAUGUUUACGUAGGCCAUUGUUCUUACUUUUUUUCCUGACUGGCAGACCCAAGCUACCUUAAGAUAAAUUAUCUUUUUUUGCGAGUGGAGAUUGAGCUGAUAUAUUCACAUAUGACACGGUCAGGUGGUAGAGAACCCCUUGCAAUAGGUUUAUUAGGCUACAUUUUAUUGGCGCUAUGGGACCGAUAACAUGAAGCAGAUUACUAUUUUGAAAAACGUGUCAACCAACAGAUAUAAGGAAAGUAUCAAUAUAGUGUUUUUGACAUAUUUCGAAAAAAUAGCCUAUAUUUUUUUAAUUCUCCAGAAAAAUAAAUAAAUAAAAGAAAAAUUAGAUUGGAAUUUCACAGGAUGAUUUUCCUAUAGGUGGCGCUAUAUGAGUGUAGAAAUCAACGGUUUAGCUUGCUGAAAGGCUUUACACUGACUCCUCUCGUAUGGAAUGGUUUCACCCAGGUCCAAUCAGCAUCAGUGCACCAGUGUUCUGUGCACUGUGGUCUGUUUAGAAGGAUGUCACUGGAAACCGUGAGGUAUCUACCUUGUACAACUCGGCCCCACAAACACUCGCCGGGAUUCUCAAAAGAUUUAAGCACUCUUAAUUUGGUGAAUGUCUACAACAAAAGCAACAGAUAUUUUUCAACUUUUUGCGUGUCACCCUGAACUUUAUCCGAGAUGAACUACACGGCAUUGAACGACACCGACACCGGUUUAUUUUCCAACAGUAGCGAUGGCUUUUUCAAGUGCUGCAACGCGUCCUCAGUGGUCACGGACAGAGGCUUUGAGGCAACUGCGCUGGCCGAGCGGAACUUCUUCAUCACACGAGUGGUCCAGAUCGCUGUCAUGUGCGUGCUCUCACUCACCGUGGUCUUCGGCAUCUUCUUCCUCGGCUGCAAUUUGCUUAUCAAGUCCCAGGGGAUGAUCAACUUUCUUAUGACGGACAGGAGAGCAUCCAAAGAUGUCGAGGCCGAUAUUGGUGGCACGUAUUAGAGCAGACAUUCCAUUUGAGAGAUGAACUUAAGUAUCAUGCAAUGCCACUAUUCACUAUACCUGUCGGUGUACCCAGGGGAUAAGAUCUUUGUCCAGGCAGAGACGCUUGACAAACCCUUGCUUCUGGACUAAGACUCUUGCUUCUGGAAAAGAGGUCAACGGCAUUUCCCAAUCUUCAGUCUUUAUGGAUCACUUCCAAUCGGGGCUUGCCCAUUGUGAAUGUAACCGUGUAAAAGGAUGGAUGUGUGUCAUUACCUUUAUAGUUUCUAAGAAUAUAUAAUAUGGAGAGGUUCCUGGAACCUUGACAGUGUGGUGCUUUGCUACGCUUUCUCCUUACUUUUGCAAGAUUUUGGAAAUAAUGUAAAAUGAAUGUUAUAUGUAACCUGAUCAACGUGGUGUGUGAAGAGCCUUUGUAUUUUGUUUUGUUUAAAUCUGGCUCAGAAAAUGCUUUCUUGGGUAACAUUCCACUAGUGAUACAAUGCAUGUUUUUAAAAUCGUAGUCCAAAGUGUAAUGUAGGCCACAGUAUUUUGGAAUAAAUGCAACCUGGAGCAUACAGUAGCUGUCA